AUGAGGCUUUAUCAGCUUUGGAAGGGAAACAAUAAAUUUCUAUGCGGUGGGAGAUUUGUGUUUGGUCCUGAUGCAGGAUCAUUAUUCUUGACUUCAUUUCUUAUUGGAGGUCCUGCUAUAGCAUUUUGCAUAAAAAUGAUCACAAUAUUUGGAAAGGAUGAUCUACAUUAUGACUCCCCUGUAUUAGUUGGGGCCUUGUUACUCAUUGUUAUGGAUUUUAUAUUUUUAAUGUUAACAUCAAGUAGAGAUCCUGGAAUAAUCCCAAGGAACUCACAUCCUCCAGAAUCUGAUGAAAUACUUGAUGUCAGCACCUCAUCCAUGGAAUGGGUCAAUAGUAAAAUUUCUAAUUUGAAAUUUCCUCGUACAAAAGAUGUUAUUUUCAAUGGCCAUACAAUUAAAGUGAAGUUCUGCGACACGUGUUUAUUAUAUCGUCCACCACGAGCUUCUCAUUGUUCCAUUUGCAAUAAUUGUGUGCAAAAGUUUGAUCACCAUUGUCCAUGGGUUGGUCAGUGCAUUGGAUUACGUAACUAUCCUUUUUUCAUAUGUUUCAUAUCAUCAUCAACCACUCUAUGCAUAUAUGUCUUUGUAUUUUCUUGGAUGAACAUUCUUCGACAAGAAGGCAAUAUUUGGAGUAUUAUGUCACGUGACAUUCUUUCAGUUGUUCUCAUUGUAUAUUGCUUCAUAGCUGUAUGGUUUGUUGGUGGACUUACCAUUUUCCAUUUUUACUUGAUUUGCACUAACCAGACCACAUAUGAAAAUUUUCGAUACCGCUAUGAUAAGAAGGAAAACCCUUUUAGAAAAGGGAUAAUGAGCAACUUCAGAGAAGUAUUCUUUUCCAAGAUCCCUCCUUCAGCAAUCAACUUUCGAGCAUGGGUAUCAGAUGAUGAAAUGGUAAUGGAUGGCCCUGAACUAAAUGGAAGCUUCAUUGGGUCAAAAGAAAGAUUUGACAUAGAAAUGGGUGGUAAGCUUGGUAAGGAUGGUGGUAUGAGAGUACCAAGUAUUUUGCAUGAUUUAGAUUAUAAUGGUUUGGAUGAUAGUUUGAAGAAGAAGGGAGUAGAAGGAGUUGUUGCACUUGAACCAUUUUUCCUUGAUACUACUCAAUAAUCAAGAAUUUCACAAUAGAAUUCAACUAUUGACAUAAUUUUAUAGAUGAUAAAAGGAGAUAAUAACUUUUAUCAUGACACAUAUUAUUGAUUAAAGUUAAAAGUAGCUCUUUCUCUUCUUUGCAUCAUAUUUAUAUGGAAAUAGUCAAAAUCAUUCUUGUGUCAAUUUUGUGCUCAUACCAUACUAUUAUUAUCACAGAGGAAAAGAUUGUAAUUUGGCAUUUCAGAUAGCUUGGGGAAAAAAAAAGUGAAAUGUGACUUAUCAUA